GUGGGACUGCGGCGUGCAUUCUGACACUGGAGGGAACUAACUUGGGGUCACUGACAUCCCCAGUAACACCAAUACAGUGAUCAGUGCUAAUAAAAAGCACUGACACUGUACUAAUGGCACUGGGCAGGAAGGGGUUAACAUAUGGGGUGAUCAAAGGCUUAACAGUGUGCUGUUUUACUAUAAGUUAUCUCCGUAUGCUUCACUGUAAGCACACUGCUUUGCAUGGCUGUGUUGUGCACAGCCAUCCAAAGCAGUGUGCACGAGCCGACAGGUAGGAGAACUUUUUUGUUUACAGUCGGAGAUGCUCGACAAUCACCGGAAAUGCAAAAUCA